AUGACAUUCGAGGAUGUAGCUGUGGAAUUCACCCAGUGGGAGUGGAAGCAGCUGGCCCCUGAUCAGAAGGACCUAUAUAGGGAGGUGAUGUUGGAGAACUUCAGCAACCUGGUCUCCCUGGGACUUCCAGUGUCUAAACCAUAUGUGAUCUCUCAGUUGGAGGAAGGAGAAAUGCCCUGUGUGCUGGACAGAGAAGUUCCAUUUGGAGUCCAUUCAGACUGGAAAAGAAGCCCUAAAGUCAAGGAAUCAUUGUCAAGUCAGGGAACUUCUGAAGAGUUAUUCCAGGUAGCAUCAGUGGAAAAACACAUUCAAGAUGAGCUCUGGUCUUCUAAACUGAAAGUAGCCUGUGAUUGUGAUGGCCAAAGGUUAGAGAUGCAGUAUAUAAAACAGAUACAUCUGAAAGAAAUGCCAACUGCUCACAAAUCUACUACCACCCUUUGGAGAGAUCAUGAAUGGAGAGAAUUUGGGAGAAGUUUAGGCUUAAGACAAGUCCUUAAUCCUAACCUUAACAAACACAAUGUUGCCACAGGAGAAGGAUCCUAUAAAUGUGAUACAGAAUUCAGACAGACUUUAGAAAGAAGCAACUCUUGGAGGUCUCAGCCAGGGAAGAAAUCCUAUAAGUGUAAUGAAUGUGGGAAGUCUUUCCAUUUCCAGUCAGAACUAAGGCGCCAUCAGAGAUGUCACACCGGAGAAAAGCCCUAUAAAUGCAGUGAAUGUGGGAGAGCCUUUGGCCAUAUUUCAUCACUUAUUAAACAUCAGAGAACUCACACUGGAGAAAAGCCUUAUGAAUGCAGUGAAUGUGGGAGAGCAUUCAGCCAGAGUUCAUCUCUUGUUCUACAUUAUAGAUUCCAUACUGGAGAGAAGCCCUACAAAUGUAAUGAAUGUGGACGAGCCUUUGGUCAUACCUCAUCCCUCAUUAAACAUCAGAGAACUCAUACUGGAGAAAAACCCUAUGAAUGUAGGGAAUGUGGGAGAACUUUCAGCCAGAGUUCAUCUCUCAUUGUGCAUUAUAGAUUUCAUACUGGAGAGAAACCCUACAAAUGUAAUAAAUGUGGGAAAGCCUUCAGCCAGAGUUCAUCUCUCACUCAACAUUAUAGAUUUCAUACUGGAGAGAAGCCCUACAAAUGUAAUGAAUGUGGAAGGGCAUUUGCUCAUACUGCAUCCCUUAUUAAGCAUCAGAAAAGGCAUGUUGGGAAAAAACCCUAUGAACUCAGUGAAUGUAGGAAGGCUUUCAGCUAUGCGACACAGAACACCAAACCUCAGAGAUUUUACCCCGACAUUAGGGCAAAAUUAAAAAAACUCGAUAGAGGCCCCCUCACUCCUCAGACCGAGGUGUUGGCAGCUGCCUUCAAGGUGUUCCACUCCCGUGAUGAAAAGACUAAGGACUACUGCAAGAAGGGGGCACCAUAUACCCAGGAAUAUGGGGGAUGUCCCUAUUGGUCGUGUAACAUCUACCAGCGCGCUGCCUUCUUGCCUGUUAUGGUGGGUAUAAGUUUGGCAACCUCCGUUGCCGCUGCAGGCUUUGCGGGGGGAGCUCUUGGCCAUAGUGUUACUUCAGCAAGGGACUUUGAGGAGCGCUUACAGAUCACCCUCGAAUCCACCUCGGCCUCACUGGCCUCCCUUCAGUGUCAGCUCACCUUUCUAGCUCAGGUGGCCCUCCAAAUUCGUAGGGCCCUGGACCUCUUAACGGCCGAAAAAGGGGGUACCUGUUUCUUCCUCCGGGAGGAAUGUUGUUAUUAUGUCAAUGAGUCCGGGAUUGUGGAACAAAAUGUCAAAAGGUUAACAGACUUGGCCGAGGACCUCCUAAGGGGACCCAGUAAGAACACCUUAACCGACCUGCUGAGCUCUCCUCUCGUCACCUGGCUCCUGCCUUUCUUGGGUCCUUUGCUUAUGCUCAUUGCUCUCUGCGCCCUCCUACCCUGUUUACUCCAGUUUCUCAGAUCUCAGGUGAACAGACUCUCUAACCAAACUUUCAACCAGCUUCUCCUUCAGGGAUAUCACCCCCUUAUAGCUCAGCCGGAGGACACCCGCGAUGAACCCUACCAGGACACCGGACUCUGA